AUGGCCGCCAAUCAGUUAGCCACUGUUGAAGCUUUCUUGCAAGGCCACCCGACCAUCAAGUUUAUCCCACCCUCAUCUACUGAGUUUGCGACCGCACGCGAGGUCUGGAAUGGCUCGCGACCUGAUACUCCUCUGGCAAUUGUUCAGCCACACUCAUCUGAAGAUGUUGCAACCUUGAUCAAAUUUGUCAAGUCUAAUACAAUCUCAUUCUCUAUCCGUUCAGGUGGACAUAAUCUAGAAGGCCGCGCUCUUGUGCAAGAUGCCUUGCUGAUUGACAUACGGGCCUUGGAUUCUGUCACUGUCGCGGACGAUCGACAGUCCGCGACAUUAGGUGGUGGUAUUCUCCAGGGUGACGUGGUCAAAACGCUCUGGAGUGAAGGUGUGGCUACUGCCACGGGAACUAUCCCCCAUGUGGGAUAUUUUGGUUGGGCCUCUUACGGUGGAUAUGGCCCGUUCUCCUCUAAGUGGGGUCUCGGGGUCGAUCAGAUUAUUGGCGCGACUGUGGUGGACCCUAACGGGAGCCUCGUUAAGAUCGGUGCCAACAAUGAUCUUCUGAAAGGUAUCCGAGGUGCAGGUGGCGUGUUUGGUGUCAUUGUUGAUGUGACUGUUAGGGUUUACCCUGCUCCUUCUUUACUUGCGGGGCCUAUCAUUUUUGAUACGAGCGAUAUAGCAAAGUCGUAUACCGACAUCAAUACCGCCUACAAUAAUCUGCUUGAUACCGAGACGCUGCCGCCACAACUCACUCUCCAACGAGUGACGUUUAACUCUCCUCGUGGUCUUGCCUUCGCCUUCCUCUUUGCUUGGAGCGGCACUGCAGACGAGUUGGAAGAGGGCCAAAAAUGGAGCGAAAAGAUUGCCUCCCUAGGUCCCGCAAAGAUGAACAUGGUUAAGCCUACCACCAUCCCGGAAUGGAUCUCUGGUGCGGGUGCCCAUGUUCCUCGCGUUGUCUAUGGCUCUUCAAGAACAUACAAUGUGUCCAGGAUUACACCCAAAGUUGCCGAGGCAAUUGGCUCUAACCUGGCGCAUUUGCCUGCCGAUCCCGGCGCAAUGUUUUCUCUUCAUCAGCUUCGUGGUUCUUCUGCAACACCGCAUAUUCAUACUUCCGUAUUCGAGCCUCGAGAGCCUCAUUUCAUGCUUGAAAUUCUUGGAUACUCAGUCACAUCGGAAAAGCAGAAUGACUCCGAGGCUUGGGCUGAGAAAUUUGCCGCGGAGGUAGAAGAGGCUGCUUCGAGUUCUGCAGUGUUAUUGCCCACGUCGUAUGUGUCUAUUUAUAGCUCUUCUCAUUCCGUCUCGACGGACGAGUGGGUGAACAGGGUUUACGGGGAUUCAGCUCGUGAACUGCGUGCUUUGAAAUCGUCAUUUGACCCUGAAAAUGUUUUCAAAUACACAGUUCCGUCUUUGGAGUAG